AUGGCAUCAAAAUGUCUUGCUGAUCAAUUAAGAGAAGUACAAACAAAAAUGGAAAAUUUGGUUAUACAAGUCAAUGCUUUAGAUGCUGGAAUUAAUCAGACAAAGGACAACAUUGCUCAAGGUGUACCUCAUACAUUAGAGGAACUCAACCUAUUCUGCGAGAAAAUUACUCGACGGACUCUUGUAAAUCAUGAACUUGAACGCGUUCGAGAAGAACGUAAUCGUCUUCGUGGUCGUGUUAAUCAACAUCAAUGA